AUGAAGCUCUCUCUACUCUGUCUCGGCCUGGUAGCCGCUGUCUGCAGUCUCAGUGCAAAGGCCGAUACGUCGACGAGGGCAUUGUCCUCCGUUGAGGCCGCACUGGUAGCGGCUGUCCUUAAUCUUCAGUCAAACACUACCUUGCUCGCUACGGCGGCAAGCACCACAUCAGCCUCUACACCGACAAGCGCCAGCUCGACUGCUUCGCUCAGCAGACGUGAACGAUACAAUCUGGGUAACAUCCUGGCCAAACGUAGCGACUAUGUCACACUUACCAAUGGCACGAACCCUAUCGAUGGCAGUGCAGCGCUCAAGGCUCCCGGAUACCUGACGUACAAAGUCAUCUCCAAUACCACAACCUAUUCAGCUGCGAAGGCUGCAUGCCUCAACUACUGCGACUCGACAAAGGGCUGCAUUGCUGCGAACAUGUAUCAGGAGAUCAACAACCCCCUCCUAGACCUAGUAUUUAGCGAGAAAUCCAACCGAAAGUGUGCAUUGUUCUCGACGGUGCCUUGCCUUUCGGGACUGACAAAUAGGGGUGGACAAAGACUGUACGGCAACAAUAGCCCAGCAAAUUACAUCAUCAAUUCUGCCGUCUUCUACAAGGACAAUGGUCCAGCCACCCCUCCUGGCUACGCUGCAAGCUAUGGUCCCAGCACUGAGGCUGUCAGUCUUUUCGACUCUAGCUUCCUCGACUGGCAGCUCGUACCCUCGUACGACCCGGCACUGUGUGCGAAUAUCUGCAACGACUCCAACCAUACCAGUUGCGUCUUCUUUGACAUCUGGACUGCAGACAUCCAGUCCAGAAAUACUGCCACCGUAUGCACCCUCUACUCCGCUGCCAAGACCGCAUCAGAUGCCACUAUGUCCAAUGUGGACGUGCUCAUAGUCACGAACUCUAGGGGCUACUCUCGCUCGACCUAA